CUUUCCAGCCUGCUGGCGCUGCUGCUGUGGGGCUGCCUGGCGGCGGUGCGGGCUCAGUACAAUGGGGAGAAGGGCAUCUCCAUCCCGGACCACGGCUACUGCCAGCCCAUCGCCAUCCCCCUGUGCACGGACAUCGCCUACAACCAGACCAUCAUGCCCAAUCUGCUGGGGCACACCAACCAGGAGGACGCCGGGCUGGAGGUGCACCAGUUCUACCCGCUGGUGAAGGUGCAGUGCUCGCCGGAGCUCAAGUUCUUCCUGUGCUCCAUGUACGCCCCGGUGUGCACGGUGCUGGAGCAGGCUCUGCCGCCGUGCAGGUCGCUGUGCGAGCGGGCCAGGCAGGGCUGCGAGGCUCUCAUGAACAAAUUCGGCUUCCAGUGGCCGGAGAGCUUGCGCUGCGAGAAGUUCCCGGUGAACGGCGCUGGAGAGCUGUGCGUGGGGCAGAACACAUCUGACAAGGGUACCCCAACUCCUGCCCUGCCCGAGCUCUGGACCAGCAACCCCAACAUCCGCUCCCCCUACAGGGACAAGUUCACCUGCCCCCGGGCCCUCAAAGUGCCUGCCUACGUCAACUACCACUUCCUGGGCGAGAAGGACUGCGGCGCCCCCUGCGAGUUGGGCAAGGUCCACGGGCUCAUGUACUUCGCCUCUGAGGAGCUGCGCUUCGCCCGCAUCUGGAUCGGCAUCUGGUCGGUGCUCUGCUGCGCUUCUACCCUCUUCACCGUGCUGACCUACCUGGUGGACAUGAAGCGGUUCAGCUACCCCGAGCGGCCCAUCAUCUUCCUCUCGGGCUGCUACACCAUGGUGGCCAUCGCUUACAUCGCCGGCUUCCUGCUGGAGGACAAGGUGGUCUGCAACGACCGGUUCUCCGAGGACGGCUACAAGACGGUGGCACAGGGCACCAAGAAGGAGGGCUGCACCUUCCUCUUCAUGAUGCUCUACUUCUUCAGCAUGGCCAGCUCCAUCUGGUGGGUCAUCCUGUCCCUGACUUGGUUCCUGGCGGCUGGUAUGAAAUGGGGGCACGAAGCCAUCGAGGCCAACUCGCAGUACUUUCACCUGGCCGCUUGGGCAGUGCCGGCCAUCAAGACCAUCACCAUCCUUGCGGUCGGGCAAGUGGACGGGGAUAUCCUGAGCGGAGUGUGCUUCGUUGGGAUCAAUAACGUGGACGCCCUGCGUGGAUUUGUAUUGGCCCCGCUUUUUGUUUACUUGUUCAUUGGCACGUCCUUUCUGCUGGCCGGCUUUGUGUCCCUCUUCAGGAUUAGAACCAUCAUGAAACACGACGGGACCAAAACGGAAAAGCUGGAGAAGCUGAUGGUGAGGAUAGGGAUCUUCAGCGUCCUGUACACCGUCCCCGCCACCAUCGUCAUCGCUUGUUAUUUUUACGAGCAAGCGUUCAGGGAACAAUGGGAGAAAAGUUGGGUGAGUCAAAGCUGCAAGACCUAUGCCAUCCCUUGCCCCAGUACCAACCACCCUCCCAUGAGCCCGGAUUUUACGGUCUUCAUGAUCAAGUAUCUCAUGACUUUGAUUGUCGGAAUAACGUCCGGCUUCUGGAUUUGGUCGGGCAAAACGCUCAACUCGUGGAGAAAGUUUUAUACAAGACUCACCAACAGUAAACAGGGGGAGACUACAGUCUGA